UACUCACGACUAAUGAUUUCUAGUUUCAAGAAGUUUUUUGCUAUAAAAGGGUUGGAGGUUGCGUCAAAGAAGUUAAAACAUUUUAUUACUACUCCUAUCUUUUAUACAAAUGGACGUCCGCAUAUUGGUCAUCUGUACACUCUUCUAUUGGCAGAUGUGUUGAAUCGCUGGGAAUUGUUAAAGAAAGGUGGUGACAAUGAGUCGCUUUUUAUUACGGGAACUGAUGAGCACGGUCUUAAAAUUCAACAAGCUGCUAAUGCUGUUGGUUGCAGUCCACAAAAGUACUGUGAUGAUAUUAGCAAUGAAUUCAGAAACCUCUUGCGUGAAUUUGAUGUACAACCGAAUGAUUUUAUACGGACUACUGAAGCGCGUCACAAAAAUGUUGUUCAGUUUGUAUGGCAUGAAUUAGAGAAACGUGGGCAGUUGAAAAGGCAAUACUAUGAAGGUUGGUAUUCCACGACUGAUGAGUGUUUUUAUGCGAGUGAUGAAGUAGAAAGAUUGAAUGGCCAAACUUUGAUGGUGAGCAAGAUGACAGGUACUGUGGUAGAAUGGGCUCAGGAGGAAAAUUAUAUUUUUCCAAUAUCUAAAUAUAAAAAUGCUAUAAAAAUUUGGCUCAGUGAUAAUGCCCUAUCAUCAGAUAUCAUACGUCCAAAAGUUUAUUUAACUGAAGCCUUACGACAAGCUGACGCUAUUGAAGAUAACCUUUCGUUGUCGAGAGAUAGAAAAAGAGUUACAUGGGGAAUUGCAGUGCCAAAUGAUGAGAAUCAAACAAUAUAUGUUUGGUUGGAUGCGUUAAUGAAUUAUUUGACAGGGAGUGGUAUUUUUUCAAAUAGCAGGGAAAGAAACUGGCCACCGACAUGUCAAAUAAUUGGCAAGGAUAUUAUGAAGUUCCAUAUUGUUAUUUGGCCAGCACUUUUGCUUGCGAUGGAUCUUCCUCUUCCAAAACGAAUAUUUGUCCAUGGUCAUUGGCUUAUUGAUGGAAUUAAGAUGUCUAAGAGUUUUGGAAAUGUAGUAGAUCCGUUCAUUGCUUCUAAAUUGCUGGGUAAAGAAGGACUGAGAUAUUUUUUGUUGCGGCAAGGUACUCCUCAAAGCGAUGCUAAUUUUAUGGUGCGCAAAGCUGUAGAUGUCAUUAAUGCGGACCUUGUAAAUAACAUGGGAAACCUGUUGCAGCGAUCGCUUUUUGCAAAAUUUAAUCUAACGCAAAUAUAUCCUGCAUUUCAUCGUGAUGUAUUUCAAGAUGAUUUAUUUGAAUUAGGCGAACCACUAGUUGAUUCCAUUAAUUGUCUUCCAGAUUUGUAUAAGGAACAGUGUGAUAAAUUGAUGACAUAUAAAGCACUUGAACUUCUUAUGGAUGUAAUGAAACAGACAAAUAGGUUCUUUCAGCAUUAUGAACCAUGGAAUCAGAUUAAUGAUAAAAAGGUAUCUUCAUUAUUGUACGUAUGUUGUGAAGCAUUGAGAGUAUGCGGAAUUUUAAUGCAACCUAUCUUACCUCAUUACUCCCAUCAAUUGUUAAAUAGGUUAGGGAUACAAAUUCGUGAACGUAAUUUGAGCAAUGCAAACUUCUUUGCUGAUUCAAAAUAUUCUGGAUUACCUCUGGGUGAAUAUGAAGGCCCAAUAAUGAAAAGAAUCUUGUGGAAAUCUGCUGACUCAUCACAAAAAUUGAACUCAUUUCAUAAUGCAAAUUAUAUUAUAAAUACUUUUGUCAUCUAUUUAUUUUUUCGUUUUUUAAAGAAAAUGUCAGGUGAUGAAAUACUUUUGAGAAAACGCGUGAAAAAAACGCCACAUGAAUGCACUGUGAUACUUAUUGACGUGGGAGCAAACAUGAAUCUGGAGCAGAAUGGUAUCUCUGCUAUGCAAUUGGCGAAAGAUUCUGUGGAGUGGAUCAUUACUAGAAAGGUAUAUUUAAUCUUAUGUUACAUAUUAAUGCAGUUAGUGGAACUUACGGUAACAAUGAAAAAUCUUUUCAAGAUAUUCAGUGAAUCCAGUGAUCAGUUCACAUUGGUACUGUUUGGUUCAGAAGAAACACAGAAUCCAUUAACGUUGGAUCAGCAUAUCUUUUUUUGUGAAGAAGAAAUGCAGCAAGCCAAAAUCGAUUGGUUGCGAUUUAUUGACAAAGAAAUCAAACCGAGUAAAUCAGUAAGAGGGAAUUACAUGGCAGCACUGAUUGUUGGAUUAGAGUAUAUGCGUACUCAGCUUGAAAGUUGUCCAGAAUGUAAUAUUAUUGUACGAAACAUUCUUUUAAUUACAAACUUGAACGGCUGUGAUGAAAAUCCGGAUAAGGAAUACAUUGAAGCCGCUAUAAAUGGCAUCAAAGCUCUGGAAAUCAAUUUUAGCAUCAUUGGUCCGUCCUUGGAACAGCCAACUAGGAAACUAAAAAAAGAAAUUUUUGUGAAUGAGUAUUCAGCAGUUCGUGAAAAGGGAAUGUUACAGUUAACAACGCCAGAGAUAGAAUCUGCUGUGCAUGCUAUAACAGCUAUUGUUCAGCAAACUGAUGGUACCAUUUAUUCUUUUGCUGAAGCAUUACCAGUACUACAACGUUUUGUGCCUCGAAAAUUGAAUUUGCGCGGUCAGAGAUUUUAUCUGGAAUUGGGAACUGAUGUAAAGUUACCUUUGCAACUGUAUAAAAAAAUUCAGAUAGCUGAUUUUAAACUUGCAAUGGCAAAAUAUGCACCGUCAAGUGAUACUCAGUUAAGACGGAAAACAGUGUACGAAAAAUUAGGUGGGAGCGAAGAGGUUGCAGAUGCAGUACAAUCAGUAGUAACAGGCGCGGAGGACCACACAAAUUAUUUGUCUCAAAGUCGUGCAUCAAAAUCGCUAGGAAAAGAAGACAUUGUAAAAGGAUAUAAAUUUGGAACAACGAUUAUUCCGUAUAAUGAUGAAGACCAGAAAGAAUUUGGUUGGAAGUCGGAAAAUCGUUGCUUAAAGUUAAUACAAUUUGCAAAAAGAACUGAGAUUUUGGAGCACUACUUGAUGGAUGGUGGUGUAUUUUACUGUAUCCCUCCAGCUCAUGAUAAAGAUGCGUGUAUUGCUCUGUCUGCACUUGUAAACGCUAUGAUUAUUGAAAAGAGUGUAGCAUUAGCUCGAUUUGUUUAUAAUGCAGCUUCGCAUCCUCGAAUUAUGGCUUUGUUCCCAAGAAAAAGUAAGAAAGGAGUAGAUAUGAUGGUUGGUAUUUACUUGCCAUUUUAUGAAGAUUUUCGUGGACUAGACUUUCCAGCACUGGAAGAUUUUAGGAGCAAACCAACACAUGAUCAUCUCAACGCAAUGAAUGCAUUUAUGAAAGCAAUGGAUUUGACAAAAGCUUUUUAUGAAGUGGAAACUGGUCAGUUUAGAGAGGUCUUACGUCCUCGUGAUGUACCUAAUCCGAUGUUGCAGUAUGUAUGUAAAGCCAUGAAACAUCGAGCAUUGUAUCCAAAUACUCCACUGCCUAUCGUCGACGAUAAGUUAUUAGGCGAUCUCCUGCAACCAAAUGUGUCACUUUUAAAACGUGCAGAAGAAGCUCUGAGUUAUUUGAAAGCAAGCUUCCCUUUACUGGAAUCACCAAAAAAGAAGCGGCACAUUAAAGAAGAAGAUGAGAUUUUACCGAGUCCCGAAAAGUGA